GGCCCGCAGAAAAGCGGAGCGGCUCGGCUCGCCCCGGGCAGCGAGACCCAGCCGAGCGCGGAGCCGGGGGCAGGAUGGGGCUGCUCUCGGGCUGCGCCCUGGACGCCUGGGCGCUCGCCGCCGCCGCCGCCCUCCUCGCCCUCUAUGGGAUCUGGCCGUACAGUUUCUUUAGGAAGCUGGGAAUUCCUGGACCAAGGCCCUUGCCUUUCAUCGGGACCUUUUUCAGAUACUGGAACGGGGUACUGGAGUUUGAUCAGCAGUGUUAUCAGAAGUAUGGCAAAAUCUGGGGAUUUUUCGACGGUCGCCAGCCAGUGAUGGCUAUUUUGGAUCUUGCCAUCAUCAAAACCCUCCUGGUAAAAGAAUUCUACACCCAUUUCACCAACCGUCGGGACUUUGGUUUGAAUGGAGAUCUGGACACCUCGGUUGUGAUCGCUAAGGAUGAACAGUGGAAGAGAAUUCGCACCAUCCUGUCUCCGUGUUUCACAAGUGGGAGAUUGAAGGAGAUGUUUCCCAUCUUCAGCCAUUAUGGGAAAAUGUUGGCGAAGCACGUCGAGAAGAAAGUGGAAAGCGGUGAACCCAUAGACAUGAAAGACAUCUUCGGCGCCUACAGCAUGGAUGUGAUCACCAGCACCUCCUUCAGCAUCGAGGUGGAUUCCAUCAACAACCCCAAUGAUCCUUUUAUCGCUCACAUCAAGAAGCUCCUCAAGUUCUCCAUCCUCAACCCGAUGAUCAUCUUGAUUGUUGUCUUCCCAUUCCUUACACCACUCAUGAAUAAACUGAUAUUUUCCCUGGUGCCUCCCACCUUCAUCAACUUCUUCAUUGAUGUUGUCAAAAAAAUCAAGAAGGACCGGCAAAAGAACGAUCACACGAACCGAGUGGACUUUCUGCAGCUCAUGGUUGACUCCCAAAUUUCUGGUGACAUCACUGAUAAAACAAAUUCCUAUAAAGCUCUGACGGACAAAGAGAUUGUGACCCAGGCCAUUGUCUUCAUUUUUGGGGGCUACGAGUCCAGCAGCACCACCCUCAGCUUCCUCUCUUACUCCCUGGCCUUGCACCCAGAUGUUCAGCAGAAGCUGCACGAGGAGGUAGACAAGGUGCUUCCCAACCAGGCUUGUCCUACCUAUGACGCAAUUCUUCAGAUGGAGUAUCUUGACAUGGUGGUGAAUGAAACCCUCCGGCUGUACCCUCCAGGAGGACGGCUCGAAAGAGUUUGCAAAAACACUGUGGAGAUCAAUGGGGUGACCAUCCCGGAAGGAACCGUCACCGUAAUCCCCACAUACGUCCUACACCGUAGUCCAGAAUAUUGGCCGGAACCGGAAGAGUUCAGGCCGGAGAGGUUCAGUAAAGAGAACAGGGAAAGCAUGGAUCCAUACAUCUUCAUGCCCUUUGGGGCAGGUCCCCGGAACUGCAUUGGGAUGCGCUUUGCUCUCCUGGUCAUGAAGGCCGUGGUGGUGGUCUUGCUGCAGAACUUUUCUUUCCGAACCUGCAAAGAGACAGUGAUCCCCAUGGAACUGAACACCAGGGGCUUUCUGAAACCCAAAACGCCCAUCAUGCUGAAGUUGGUUCCCAGAACCACCACUGGACCUGAAGAAUAGAGGAACUGGACAGAGCUCCCUCCUUUUUUCCACACCACAUCACAUGGGACUAGUAACUUGAAUGACCAACCGAAAAUCACAUAUGGGAGACCAGCUUUAGUUCUCAGAAUUAUGGAUUUUUGUAUACAGAACCGAAUGGAGGGAGUUGUCAUUUUCAUCAGCAAGGCUAGACACAUAGAAUACUCUUCAUUUACGUGGUAAUCAACAAUAAGGGAAUAAGAGAUCUAAAUAAGUGUUUACAGGUUUAAUUACAUUUUAUCCACUCGGGAGGACAUGAUGUUUAUUUUUAUGCAACUCUUUUCCCAGAGACCCCCAAAGCAGCAUAUAAGGAAAUGCUUAUUAUGUAUAAUAUUAUACAUAAUAUUAUGUAAAAUAUUAUGUAUUUUACAUAAUAAAGCCACCUAAAUGUAAAUUGUGACAAGCACAUCGUGUUAUGGUCUGUACAUAUGGACAUGCUGUUUAAUUUCCUGUAAAACAGGGCAGUGAAGGGGCCUGACAUUUACAAUGCUUUGUUAGCCUCAGUCUGGGAUCACUGGGAACUCCCGGAGUCACACAACAAAGCUGUGAACACUCAAUUUUCUGGGCCACUGAAUGCUCCUUCCCCAACCUUUAGGGAAGAGUCCUGUUGCUUGUAAGCCCCCAAACUCGGAGGCGCACGGUCUGCACCCCCUCCGUAUUUUGGUGGAUGGGAUUUUGGAGGGUUGUUCCAUUGGGAAAGAGGAGGGGGCUGAUGGACGUGUCAGGAUAGCUCAUAUCCCAGCCUCUCAAAUCAAAUAACAACAAGGGCCUCCACUCCUUGCUCCGUAAAUGCCACCUUUUCCCUCUUUCAAACGUUCUCUCCCCAGAUCUAUAAUACAUUUUUAUUUAUUCUGGGGAAAUUGUCAUUAAAAAAACCCCAAACCCCCUUUCCACAGCACUGAAGUUUUCAGCAAAAGAAAUUAACAGACAUGUUUUGCACCUGACUUCUGGAGUAUUGUAUUUUAUAUGCCACUUUAAUGUUUUCUUGAUCUGUCACCGGGACAGCUUGUGUUCAAAAUCAGGCUUAAAAUAUGCUACCUAAAUCAGUAAACAGCUCACCGUUUAAUGGAACGGCAGCCCGGAUCACGCUGCCCUGUGGCAGUUCUCCAGCCUUGAAUGGUGGGCAUAAGACGUCUCGUUCUCCAUCCAUCGCAUCGUUGCUGCGCAGAUGGCUAAGCAAAACGUGCAGUGGAGGCUCUUGCCGGAAGAAGGCUGGGUGGAGACGCAGAGGUCCUCUCAAGAAUAUAAGAAAACAUCGAAACAGCGCGAGUCGGAAGGGGUCUCCCGGGCCAUCUAGUCUGACCCGCGGCUCCAGCCAGCUCCACUCACGACAUGCCCACCGUGUGCAUGUCCAGCCGAUCCUCCAACACCCUCACCAGUGGGGCCUCAACGAUCUCCCGUGGAAGCCCAUUCCAUAGCAUCCAUACCUGGGUGGCCACCUUCCUCCACCCACCACCCAGUGGGUCUCUGGUGCUUUUAAAGAGUUCCCUGAUAGACAAGUGGGGAAAUAGACGAAGCUGUGAAGCAAGGAUCCAUGCAAGAUGCCUUUUUAGAGAGUUCUCUCUCAGACACGAUUGGAAAUACGUGUAUAGCCAUGUACCCUUUGCAUUUCUUUCCUCCAGUAAAUCCCAGCCCAGGUCUUAAAAGUUUCUCCAAUCCACCUCUCCAGGCUUCUGCAGCUACUUUAGAAUAGCAUUUCCUGUUGUGGUAGCCCAGCCACGGAGUGGACUUCUGAAAGAGGCUGGUAUUUACACUGUACUCCAUCCAAUACCAGCCAAAAUCCUCCUAUUCCCAGGCAUCUCUCCAAGAGUCUUCAUUUCAAUCUGUCUGAAAUCCUGUUCCCUGUAUUUUAAAACCUUAUAUAGCUGCUAAGGCUUUUGCUGAGUUUUAUUUCGAUUUUACACUGUAGCUGUAAACUUUGGGGUGUUUUUACUGUAUCUCCUGCUGUAUUUGAUGUUUUUAAAUUGCUGUGAACUGCCCGGAGAGCUUCAGCUCUUGAGUGGUAUAGAAGUAUGAUAAAUAAAAACUCUGUCUUUCAUUUUUUGGC